UGGCCCAACAGGUCAGAUGGGAACUCAGACAGAAAGAGGGAGCCUCAUUUCUGAGGGACUGACAAGCUUGUCAGUCAGGUGGAUUGUGCUGCGCUUAGGUCGGAAUCGAACAAUGACCCCGCUGCGCCGCCGCCGCUGAGUGGGAACCUGUGCGGAGAGACACGCCGACCCUCACCUCGCUGGACGAAAGAGGAAUUUCCCGAUGGUGCCUCUGACAGUUGGAGCACAACUCAGGAAGGAUCAGUGAGAGGAAGCGUGGGAGGAGGGUCUACUGAGGAGGAGGACGUGGGGGACGGACGGACGCACUGUGUGCCCGCGGAGUGGACACAAGAGAAGACAUGCUUCACCACGGGCCCAGACGAACAUUUUCCAGCACCACCACCACGACAGACGACUCUUCAGAGGCCGCAAGCGAGAGGACAAUCAGACGCCUUAGGUUGACUCUCCAUCCGGGAGAUGACGCCAGCAAGGAGUACAAACCUGCUAAAUCAGAUACGGAUGGCUGGAAAAAGAGGAAUGGCAUCAUUCAAAGAGAGAGGCCGGCCGGCAGAGAGUCACUCAAGCAGCACCCGGGCGACAUGACCAACGGGCAGCCCGAGCCCUCGCCGCAGUAUCACGGGCCCAAAAUGUACGGCGUAGUGCAAAGGAACAACCCAGAAAGACAACAGGAAGUGAUGGCGCGAGAGUGGACCGUCAGUCACCUUCAUGACGAAAUGAAGUACAUCAGGGAGGUGAGAGAUUCUCUGGAGAAGCUCAGAGAGCGCAUGUACGGGCAGUUUGGAGGCAUGCAGCAAUCUGUGCACAAGCUCUCACAGGAAAUAAAGACUGCCAACUCACGCCAGAGGAAUCUUGAGUCAGAGGUGAGGGUCCGCACAGCAGCCAUGGAGAGAUUCGAUCAAAUGAACAGCUCCCUUAUAUCGUCCAACAUCGGCCUGCAGAAAUCUCUCCUGGACAACUGUCAAAAUCGAGUGGACACGAGGGAAGAGUUGAAGACUUUGCGCAGCACAUGUGAGCGAACACAGGAACAGCUCAGAGCCAAGGAGAGAGAGCUGGCCGCUGCACAUGCUGAAAACCAGACGCUCAGACUUCAGGUGGAAUCUUCGCGGGAAGCCAACAGUAAGGCCCUAAUGGAGCUCUCCAUAGCACUCGAAAGAGACUACCAGGAAAAGCUGCAGGAAGAGCAAAGAAAACACAGGGAGGAGAUUGAAAUACUCCAGGCACAACUGGAUGACUACAUCAGACGACUGGAGGAAGCUGAGAUGAAUAUUCGGGCCGCAGAGGCCAAAAUUGCCGAGCGGGAUCAGAGGAUUGGUGAACUUGAGCGUCUGCUUGACUGCAUGGGAACGGAAAAGAGUCAUCUCCAUCAGAAACUGCAGGAAUGUGAACGCCGCCUUCGCUUGUUGGAGAGGAGCGAUACAACAGAUGGAGCUGCAGACAAAAGGUCCCAAGAGCUGCAAAGGGAAGCCGGAGGCCUCAGAGAGCGGAUCAAACACUUGAACGACAUGGUCUUCUGUCAACAACGGAAGGUCAAAGGAAUGAUCGAGGAGGUGCAAAAACUACGAGCUCAAGUUGCUGAGAAGGACAUGUUCAUCUCAGAGCUGCUGGACCAAAUUGCAAUUGUGGAGUGUGAGAAUAAUGAAUUAGAAGACAAGCUCAAGUAUUUUAUGUCCACACAGAGUAGUGAAGAAGAUGAUUUGGACUUCCAGAAGAUAGGACUCGUCUGCAAUACUCUCCCAAGAGUUGAAGUACCUCGGCAUGAUGUUGAAUCGCCUAUUCUGCAUAAACCAACUCAUCUCCAUCCUAUAAAACACCUCCCAUCUGAACAACCUCUAUUUGUCAUACCACCUCCACCCCAAAUACGACCUCCGCCACCCCCAGAUCCUCCCUUAGCAUAUACAUAUGCUUCACUACCCCCUGAACCUCCUUUAUCACCUACAAACGCUCCGCUACCCCCGCUGCCUUCAUCGCCUACACCGCCUUCAUCGCCCACACCACCUUCAUCGCCCACACCACCUUCAUCACCCACAUCACCUCCAUCAUCUCCCACACAAGCAUCAGCUGUGCCUCCUAUACAACAUCCUUCGAACCUCUACCUUACAACGCCUACUCAACCAAGGACAUUCAAGUAUAACAAACCUCCUCCCAGCAGGCUGGAGUCCAGUUUACUUCGCUUCACACCCAUCGAGUACAGCCGCUACCUAGACGCCAACCCGACGCCCCAGAUAGAAAUGUACUCCUCCACCCAAAUCGCCUCCGAAUCCCAAAGUUACAAGUGCCAGCCUAGCGACGAGGUGGACGCAGGAACAGACGCUCAGACAGCAUCGAAUAAAGACGAUGGUUCAGCGGCGUCCAGAAGAACAAGACCAAUGCUCGCGCACCUGGAUACGCCAUUUAUGAAAUUAAUGGAAAUAACAGCAAAUAUCAAAGUCGAGUGACCGGAGAUCACUGAACUGCGAACCCCAGUUUAAUGCGAUAUGUACCAGACCCAAUUGUAAUUGGUGAAAAGAAACGCCAUAUAGCGAGAUCAUUAAAAAAAAAAAAAAAAAAAAAAA